UAGUGCUGUUUCCUCCAUACGUUCAAUCCUGACUUUUUCUUUUGAGGGCACAAACAUGUAAAUAUUGAUAUGGAGUGUUUUCUUUUACUAGUAAUUUAAUAUUAGUUUCCUGUGGCGUGUGAAUUUGCACUGUAGCUAACUACUCUGGAACUACUUUUUCUUCCGCUGGUUCGUUCCGCUCCUCAUACACAGACGGUUGUCACACAAAUGUAGUAGAUUUGAGUUUUUUCGUGAUUAUAUCCCACUACAACACUGCUAAGGAUAUUGUUAAUUAAAAAUGAUGCUCCUGAUACCAACUAGACUGUAGAAAUGAAAUUUCCCUUUACUGUGUACAAAAAGACACGCAUUGGUAUUGGUAUUACCUCUGGUAUCAGAUAGAAAACAAAAUGGUAUUGUCUGUCCCAGUUUCCUGUUUGAGCUGGGAAUCUCAAAUGUUGUCACUUUCAGUAGAGUUCGUGUUUUUUUUUUCUACUGCACUGCUGUAUUUGUCGUAGUAUUCUUUAAUCGUUGGAGCAAGCAUCAUUUCUGAACGGUCUUAAAUGCAGCCUCUCAUUUAAAGAGAACUAUAUAGAACCAGUACAGACUUUUAUUUUGACGCUGUCGAGGCGCAGCGCACCGGACGUACACGCACAACUCAGUCCUGAUCCAAUGUUUAAAACCGUGCGCUGUUUGUUUCAGUGUGUAGUUGUUUCUGUACUGGUGUGAUUGUUGGGUGUUUAACUUACAUAAAUUGCUAGAUAUCUAAAGACCUGUUACUUUCUUGACUGAGAUGUGAUACUCAGUUGAGUAAGGCUUUCUAUGGUGAACUGCUCAAAUAUGCUGGGCUCAGACAGUCAUGCCAAACUGGACAUGCGGAUAAUUGUGCGCUUUGCUGCUUUUACACGAGUAUUAUCACUGUUCUUACAGGCUGUUCUAAAUGCAGCUAUUCCUGAUCAUAUAGCAGAUGCCUUCAGUCCUCCCCGGGCAGAGGACCCACUACUCCUGGACUAUGGUGUUGAGCUGCUGCUUGGUGGCCUAGGGCACUGGGAUGCAGAACAUUUCCUCUUCAUUGCAGAGCGAGGAUACUUGUAUGAACACAACUUCGCUUUUUUUCCACUGUUUCCACUGGUGAUUCGUUCAGUAGCAGCUACUUUGCUGUGGCCUCUGAGUUCCUUUCUCACAGUUCGUGGACGUUUACUUUUGGCAGUGGCCUCAGUUAAUAGCACGCUCUUUGUGCUGAGCACAGUGGCACUUUAUGGACUAAGCCGUGUAGUUCUACAGGACAGAAAGCUUGCCCUUGUCUCAGGCCUUCUCUACUGCCUUACACCUGCCAAUGUCUUUAUGUUAGCAGGCUAUUCAGAAACCCUCUUUGCAGCUCUUACAUUUGGAGGUCUGUGGUUACUGGAGAGCGGUUUCAUGUUUGGAGCAUGUCUUCUUCUAGGUUUAGCCACUGGUGCUCGUGCUAAUGGACUGGUUAAUGCUGGAUUCUUGUUGUACUUGCCACUGCAGCAGAGCCUUGCCCAGGCCCGGGUCCUUAGCAAAGGAUCUACAUGGCACAGGAGAUAUCGUCACUACACCUUCUUAGCUCUCAGAUUUUUGCUUACAUCACUACUUUGUAUUACAGUUGUUGUGCUACCAUUUUGUCUGUUCCAGUUUUAUGGUUACUACACAUUCUGCACACCUUCUGUGACUCAGGAGCAGGUUUCUCCUGUGCUUCUUAAAUUGGCCAAGGAGAAAGGAUACAAAGUUCCUGAUGAAACAGCACCCAUUCCAAGCUGGUGCUUGAAGCCCAUUCCAGUGCUCUACUCUUACAUUCAAGAUGUUUACUGGGAUGUGGGAUUUCUCCGCUAUUUCCAGUUAAAACAGAUACCCAACUUUCUGCUGGCACUGCCAAUUGCUACACUGAGUGUCACUGCGUCAUACAUAUACAUAAGAGCUAAUCCACGUUUUUGUUUACGCCUUGGUCUGGGGCAGAGUGGAAUAAAAGAAAAAGAAGGAAAACCACGAACAGACUUCUACAACUCAAAGGUGUUCGUCUACAUUGCUCAUUGCUCCGUCUUACUUGUAUUUGGAACAUUCUGCAUGCAUGUUCAGGUGCUGACCCGUUUCCUAGCCUCCUCUUCACCUGUGAUCUACUGGAUCAGCAGCCACUUUCUUCUCUCAUCUGAGCCCUUAUUGCGAGAGAACAAAAAGUUUUCUUAUGGCCAGCGACUGGACAACUUCAAACAAGGCUUUGCUCAUUUUCUCUUAAUGUACAUUAACAACCCUGUCACUCAGCUGCUGAUACACUGGAGGACUUGCUCUUCUUCCACACGCUGCAUCCUGGGAUACUUCAUCUCAUACUGGCUGAUAGGUCUGGCUCUGCACUGCAACUUCUUACCUUGGACUUAAUGUUCAGAAUUCAACUGGACGGUCUAGUGUCUAGAGUUUCUUCUCGGGACUUUACUGUUUCUUUUAAUGUUGGGUGGAUUUUUAAUGAAGAACUGCUGGAAUUAAAGAAUUUGUAAUGUUUAAA